AUGAGCGACAUAUGCGGCCCCGGUCUCACUGGCCACUGGCAGAUGGGUAAUGCGGACAUCCUCGCCGCCGUGGAGCUCCUACUUGGGGCGGCCGCCGCUCUCAUGGCAUUCCGGUAUCAUUCGUGUGGAGCCGCCUCGAAGGAGUUGGACAAUCCGGGGGCACCCUGGUUGUACAAGGAGGUGGUCACACCCAGAAUAUAG